AUACAAGGGGGGGAGAGAGGGGGAGAGAACAAGCUUCUUCUCAUUGUGCCUUGUUUCAUAAACACACACAGCGGCUCUCUUCUCCAAAGCUUCCCUUCGAAACCGUCUCUCUCACCCUCCUCCUUCCUUCAUUUCUUCUCUCAAUCUCUCUCUCUCUCCCUGUCACCUGAAACUCUCCUUUCUCUCUCUUCGUUUGUUUGCAUGGGAUACAAUUUCGAACAAUCGUGACUUGGUUUGGCUUUGUUUGAAGAGUGUGGGGUUCUUUAUGGCCACCGCACCGGUGAAGUCUCAGCCUCUCCACAACUUCUCUCUCCCUUUCUUGAAAUGGGGCGGCAAGAAUCACACUAACAGCAACCAUCGGUUUCGCCGUCCAGUCUCCGGUGAGUCCUCGUCGUCACAAGCUUUUGCCGCCGAUCACAACUCCGAACCAGAGGCAGAACCCGAAACCCGAGCUGCACGAGUCGGAUCGAGGACCGCCAGGAACCGGUUUGGGCUCUCUUCGUGCUAUCAUGGGGAGAAAUCUCAGAAGCAAGAGCAGCAACCACAGCCUCUGGAGAGAGUUAGCUACAAUGAAACUGACGAUGAGGCUGGAGGUAGAAAGAGGGAGAACGAGGACGCUGAAGAAACCGAAGCUGACGGAACGACACAGAAGCCAUGGAAUUUGAGACCGAGGAGAUCGAUUUUCUCCAAAGGAGCGGUUGAGAUCGGUGUGGGAGCUCCGAGGAACGGAGAAUUGGUCGAACACGGUUCAUUUGCUGCCACGGUUCAUUCGGCUCAGCAGAAUGAGAACCCUCCACAGCCGAAAUCGCUUCGCUUGAGGGGUUUCGCGGAGAUGCAGAAUACGGAAAGAAAGGAGAAGAGGAAAUUCUGGAUCGCCUUGUCGAGGGAAGAGAUUGAAGAGGACAUAUUCAUUAUGACUGGGUCAAGGCCCGCUCGGAGGCCAAAGAAAAGGCCAAAGAAUGUGCAGAAACAGCUCGAUAGUGUUUUUCCUGGGUUAUGGCUAGUGGGGUUCACUGCAGACGUUUACAAAGCAGCAGAUACUACAGCAAAGAGGUAGAGAAGCUACAGUGAACAACACAAAUUUAGUGGCUACGGUCACAGGGACCUGUAAUGGAGGUAUAAAAAAGCGCAGAAUUUUGUAGAGCGCAAAUGGUUUGUGAAAUGAUGGAUAUGUUGAAAAGAAAAAAGAAAUCUGGGAAGAUAGUUAUUACUAUGUAUGGUGCAAUAGGCUUAUAAGAUGUAGAUGGAAGGUUUAUUAGGUUUAGUUAUCAACUUAUCAUCCCUAGUGGUGUUCAACUGCUCAGCUUUUAGACAGUAAGAAAAAACCAGUGGAUUCAUAGAAUGAAUUCGAUAUUCAUUAUAAGAUAUUUUGAUUGGUGUUUUGCAA